AUCAACAUUCCUCCGGUUCAGUCUGAUCGCAUUCCAUGAAAACACAAAAUGAAUCCUGAAUCGAAAAAGCAGUUGAACGUCGUCGUUUUAGGAGUGGCCUUUAUGUUUAUGUUCACUGCUUUCCAAACAUGUGGAAACAUUGCACAAACUGUUAUCACAAACUUAAACAACACAGAUUUUCAUGGCAGUGGCUAUACCAGCAUGGCCAUUAUUUACGGAGUCUUCUCGGCAUCAAAUCUGAUUUCGCCUUCAGUGGUUGCCAUUGCAGGGCCACAGCGCUCUAUGUUCUUUAGUGGCAUCUUUUAUAGCAUAUAUAUCGCUGUCUUUAUUGAGCCUUCUACAUGGAGCUUCUACACAGCCUCUGUUUUCCUUGGCGUAGCAGCUGCUAUAUUGUGGACAGCCCAGGGAAACUGUCUGACAAUAAAUUCCAAUGAAAACACCAUUGGCAGAAACAGUGGAAUCUUCUGGGCAUUACUGCAGUCUAGCUUGUUUUUUGGAAAUAUGUAUAUAUACUUUGCCUGGCAAGGGAAGACCCAUAUAGCAGAGAAUGACCGCAGGACAGUCUUCAUUGCUCUAACAGUGAUUAGCCUUGUAGGCACUGUUCUGUUCUUUCUCAUCAGGAAUCCACAGGAAUCAAAUACAGAGGAAGGGGAAAUAUCAGGCAGUGCUGAUAACCUUGUAGAACUGACGCCUGACCAAAGUAAAAUGACAAGAGCCACAGAUGCAUUUAAAAGUUCUAUCAAGCUGUGUUUCACAAAAGAGAUCCUGUUACUUAGUAUCACAACGGCCUACACAGGUCUGGAAUUAACGUUCUUCUCUGGAGUGUAUGGGACCUGUAUAGGCGCUGUAAAUAAAUUUGGUGUUGAAGAAAAAAGCCUGAUUGGGCUCUCAGGUAUUUUUAUCGGCAUUGGAGAAAUAUUAGGUGGAGGAAUCUUUGGCCUCCUGAGCAAGAGCAACCGUUUUGGCCGGAACCCAGUGGUGAUGUUAGGCCUCAUUGUCCAUUUUGUGGCCUUCUAUUUGAUUUUCUAUAACAUACCGAAUGAUGCCCCUAUUGCCUCCAUUUAUGGAACAGACAGCAUAGCGUACAUGGAACCAAGCAAAGAAGUGGCUAUUUUUUGCAGCUUCUUACUGGGUCUAGGUGAUAGCUGUUUCAACACUCAGCUCCUCAGUAUUUUGGGGUACCUGUAUGCAGAAAAUAGUGCUCCAGCUUUUGCAAUCUUCAAAUUUAUUCAGUCUGUCUGUGCAGCCGUAGCUUUUUUCUACAGCAACUAUCUGCUUCUUCAGUGGCAGCUCCUGAUUAUGGCUGUGGUUGGGUUCUUUGGGACAAUUACCUUUUUCACCGCGGAAUGGGAAGCCCCAGCCUUUGUUGCCAAGAACAUAGAUUACAGCAGCAUUUAAGGAAAGUCCUCUCAUCAUCCCAGGAUAAA